AAGAAAAGAAAAGAUUGAACAUCAAACUAUGGUAAGCUUUUCUAAAUUAUUGGGGGAAGACAAAAGCAUGGGAAAGCUACCCUUCCUCUCUCCCCAUGUACUACCCAGCAACAACUGUCCCAUUGCACAAACUUAGAGAAUGAAGGUGGGGAAACAGAAACAGUGCAAAAGCACAACUGAAAAAUGAAAACCCAUCACUCCAUGUAGAAUAGUCCUAGCACUAAUUUGUCCUUCCAGCAAACCACGGCCAACGUAUUUCUCUUCGUCUUCUUUGUGCCCAGGCUUCAUAAGCUGCUGCUCUUCAAGUUCAAGAUGCCAAGGCCAGGGCCAAGACCUUAUGAGUGUGUGAGGCGAGCUUGGCACAGCGAUAGACACCAACCCAUGAGAGGUUCUAUCAUUCAGCAGAUUUUCAGGGUCGUCAGUGAGGUUCAUGGCUCCGUGACUAAGAAGAACAAGGAAUGGCAAGAAAAGCUACCUAUGGUGGUUUUUAAAGCAGAGGAAAUUAUGUAUUCCAAAGCCAAUUCAGAGGCUGAGUACGUGAAUCUUGAAACGCUAUGGGACAGAGUAAAUGACGCCGUUAACACAAUUAUCCGGCGAGAUGAGGGCACUGAAACCGGAGAGCUUUUGCCGCCUUGUGUUGAAGCUGCCCUUAAUCUGGGUUGCAUUCCAGUAAGAGCUUCAAGAAGCCAACGCCACAGUAAUCCAAGGAUUUACCUCACUCCAAGAGCACAAGAACCCCUUUCUGCUCCCACUAGGAUUUUGGAUAGAACUACUGAUGAAAGACGCCCUCAGUUUUCUCCACACCACUCUGGCAAUCAAUUUAACUUUGCAAAAGCCUCAACUGGGAAUUCUGCACAUUCGGUCCCAGAAUCAUACAGCCGCAUCAACCAAAAUACUAACCUUAAUAGCCGUCAGAAUUACCCCUUUUCACUCGAGAAUCUUCCUGCUGGCCAUAACCAGUUAACAACAAUGUCAACCAACAACUCCUUGGACUUGGGUUCAGUAUAUCCAUUAUAUUAUGGAACUCACUAUCAAUCCGAAGAGUGCCAGGUAGGUCCUCAGGUCCCAGAAAACACACAUUCUAGGACUAUAUAUGUUGGCAAACCAAUUGUUUCCUCAAUUGCGGAGCCUACUAAGCACAACCUUUUCUCCUCUCAAACUGCUGAAAAUGUGUCACACAGAAUCACACAAGUAGAAGUCCAUGAUAAGCCACUAGAAACGGAAUGUGAUUUAUCAUUGAGGUUGGGUCCGGUCUUGCACCGAUGUAUUCAAAGAAGUUUGGCCAGUGAAACGGAAGAUAUUGGUUCGAGCAGUUCUCAAGAUGGGGGAAAAUUAAAUGAUUUGUCACCAUCGAUAAGUAAGGAAAUCUGUUUCUUUCCCACAAAGACUGCUUGUGAUCGCUUUGAGUCCACUUCAAGUAUGUGGAAUUCAGAGGGUGAAGGUUGGAGUCCGGAGGCAACUGUAAGGAAGCGCAAGGCACCUUUUUGUAGCAAUGAAGAGGAUGGGAAAUUUUGCGAGCAACCACAUGUCCUGCCCAACAGAUUGGCUGAUCGAACUACAGGGCCUGGUUUGUAGACACUCUUUUCCUUGUGUAGUAUAUAUGCUUAAAAAUCCAAGAUCCCAAUAUAUUAUUGAAUCCUCUUUUGAGAGAACUCUCUUCUUAUGUAGCUCUGGUUGUGAAAUUUCACAAGUUGAUGUUACUUGCUAGUUGCAUUCGUGGAAAGAUGUGAGUUGUAAAUGAAACCCGAGUUGGAUUUAUAUUAUAUGAUCAAUGUCCUGGU